CCCGACGGCGACCGGCUCCGGCUCUCCUACCUCCACAUCAUGGCCCUGGCCUGCAUCUACACCCGCAAAGGCACCUGCCUCCGCACCGGCCCGGCACAGGGAGCCCUGGCGGAGCUGCUGGCGGGGCCAGAGCUGGACGAUCUGGUGGCCUCACUGCCCGGCUUCCUACUGGUCUUCACGGGUGAAGGCAAGCUGGUCUACAUCUCCGAGAACGUGGCCCAGCACCUGGGGCACUCCAUGGUUGACCUGGUGGCCCAGGGAGACAGCCUCUACGACAUCCUGGACCCGGCCGACCACCUGGCUGUGAGGACCCAGCUGGCCCUGCCCUGCCCCGGCGACGGUGCCCGCGCCACCGCCCGCCCCGUCUUCGUGGCCUUCUGCGCCCCCCUGGAGCCCCGGCCCCGGCCCACCGCCGACUCCCUGCUCCUUGCCUCCUUUGAGACCUGCCACGCCAGGGACCUGGCAUUGCUCGACGCCUCUGACAGCGUCCUCUUCCACCUGGGCUUCGGGGCACCGGAGCUGCGGGGCCGCUCGUGGUACGGGCUGCUGCACCCUGAUGACCUGCAGCAUGUGGCCGCCCAGCACCUGCGCCUUGCGGGGGCAGCACCUGAGGCCCGGGCCGAGAUGGUGGCACGGCUGCAGCGCAAGGACGGGCUGGGCUGGACGUGGGUCUACGCCUUGGUGCGGCCCGAGGGCCCUGACGGGCCCCUGCUGGCCCACAACUUCGUCAUCAGUGAGGCUGAGGCCUGGUGCCUGCGGCAGCAGCUGGCAGCUGAGGCUCCCCCUGUGCCAUCUCCCCCUGGCCCCCCGGCACCCUUUGGCCCCCCGGAGCCGCCCUUUGGCCCCAACCUCGACUUCUCGGGCCUCGACUUCCCCGGCACUGGUGGCCGGCAGGGCAGUGGUGAACUCGGUGUCGGAGCCAGCAUUGGAGCCGGCGUUGGAGUCAACGUUGGAGUCAACAUCGGAGCCAACGUUGGAGCUAAUGUUGGAGCCAACGUUGGAGUCAACAUUGGACCCAACAUCGGAGCCAACGUUGGACCCAACGUUGGAGUCAACGUUGGAGUCAACAUCGGAGCCAACGUUGGAGCCAAUGUUGGAGCCAACGUUGGAGUCAACAUUGGACCCAACAUCGGAGCCAGCGUUGGAACCAACGGAGUCAACAUCAGCCCCAGCAUUGGUCCCAACAUUGGCCUUGGCGUCGGAGCCACCAUCGGAGUUGACGUCGGCCUCGGCGUCGGCGCUGACGUCGGUCCUGCUCUCGGCUCUGGCGUUGGACCCAGUCUCAGCACCGGAGCCAGUAUGGGAGCUGGUCUCAGUGCUGAAGCCGACAUUGGCCCAGGUCUCAGAGCUGGUGUUGGAGCUGAUAUCACACCUAGUCUCAGAGCGGGUGUCGGACUCGGCGUUGGAGCCGAUAUUUGCCCUGACCUGAGAGCUGACAUUGGACUUGGCGUUGGGGCCAACGUUGGCCCUGGUCUUGGCACCGGCAUCGGAGCUGAUAUUGGCCGUGAUCUUGGGGCCAGCAUCGGAUCCGGCAUUGGACUUGGCAUUGGCACUGGUAUCGGACCCAGUCUUGGAUCUGGUCUUGGACCUGGCAUUGGAUCUGGAGUUGGAUCCAGUGUUGGACUUGGCGUUGGAGCUGAUAUUGGACCCAGUCUCGGAGCCGGUGCUGGAUCUGGCGUUGGACUUGGUGUUGAAGCUGACAUUGGACCUGGCCUCGGAUCUAGCAUUGGACUUGGUGUUGGAGCCAACACUGGACCUCGAUUUGGAUCUGGCAUUGGAUUUGGCAUCGGAGCUGAUAUCGGACCUGGUCUUGGACCUGGUGUUGGAUCUGGUGUUGGAUCUGCCACUGGACUUAGUGGUGGUUCCAACAUUGGACCUCGUCUUGGAUCUGGCGAUGGAUCUACUGUCGGACUCGGUAUCGGCACCAAUAUUGGACCUCGUCUUGAGUCCAGUGUUGCAUCCAGUGGUGGACUUGGCGUGGGGCUCGGCGUCAGCACCAGUAUUGGACCUGGUCUCGAGUCUGGCAUUGGAUCCGGCAUUGAGCUUGGCAUUGGAGCUGGCAUUGGAGCCAAUAUUGGACCUCGUUUUGGAUCUGGUGUCGGAUCUACUGUUGGCCUUGGUGUUGGUGCUGAAAUUGGACCUCGUUUUGGAUCUAGUGUUGUUGGAUCAAGUGUUGCAUCUGGCAUUGGACUCGGUGUUGGUGCCAAUAUUGGACCUCGUCUUGAGUCCGGUGUUGGAUCUACCGUUGGACUUGGAGCUGGCACUGAUAUUGGACCUCAUUUUGGAUCUGGUGUUGGAUCUGGUGUUGAAUCCACCAUCAGAGUUGGCAUUGGUGCCGAUAUUGGACCUCAUCUUGGAUCUGGUGUUGGAUCUGGUGCUGGAUCUGCCGUUGGCCUUGGCAUUGGCACUGAUAUUGGACCCAGUCUCGAGUCUGGCGUUGGAUCUGCCGUUGGUCUUGGUGUUGCCGCUGAUAUUGGACCCGGUCUCGAGUCCAGUGUUGGAUCUGGCAUCGGCUCUAUCGUUGGCCUUGGCAUUGGCGCCGAUAUUGGACCUCAUCUCGGAUCUGCUGUUGGAUCUGGCAUUGGAUCCGCCGUUGGCCUUGGUGUCGGUGCCGAUAUUCGACGCAGUCUUGAGUCCACCGUCGGAUCUGCCAUCGCCCUUGGUGUCAGUGCCAACGUGAGCGCCCGCCUUGGCGCUGGAGUGGCCUUGGGUGCUGGCAUGGGCGUCGGGGAGGCGCCGGGGGCAGCAGAGACAUGGACGCCGCCCUACACCCCGC